AUAACAUCUACCGCCGAUUGCUGAUUGUACAACAUUGUGUUAGUAUAAAGCAUUAACUAUAGUUAUCGUUUUUUUCAUAGUACAUAUUUGUGCAUUAAUAUUUGGUAUCAUUCUUACAAAAAUCUGCAGACGUCGGUUUUAAUGUUAUUUUCAAACUAUAUUGAGCUAUUAUGCUCUGAUGUAUUAUACAUACCAAUCUAUUUCAUCAAAUAUUGCUUGUAAUUUGUAUUAUCGAAAAAUUAAACUCGAGUGGAUAUUCUUAAAUAUAUCAAUAUAACACAUCUUUGUUUUAAAUAUGAAAAUAUUUGGUGUUUUCUCAUUACUUUUUGGUCUCGUACAUGGUACAGAUGAUAUUUUACAAUUAAGCCAAGGAAAAAUACGAGGAAGUAUUUUGAAUUCAAGAAAUGGAAGAGAAUUCAACGCAUUUCAGGGAAUACCCUAUGCCAAACCACCCGUUAGAGAUCUUAGAUUUGAGGAUCCAGAACCAGCUGAUCCAUGGACAGGUAUUUUUAAUGCUACUACUGAGCCACAAGUGUGUAUUCAGAAGAAUUUAUUCUAUUAUAAAGAAGCCGAUAAUGUCGUCGGCGUAGAGGAUUGUCUAUAUCUAAACGUGUAUACACCUAAGAUUCCGAAAAAUGGUGAACAAAAAUUGCUUCCCGUUAUGUUUUGGAUAGCUGUAGGUGGUUAUUUUGCAGAUGGCGGAAGUUUGAGUUUGUACGGUCCUCAAUAUUUGUUAGACAAGGAUAUCGUUCUCGUUACCAUAAAUUACAGACUUGGAGCUCUCGGCUUUUUAAGUACGGAAGACGAAGUUUUACCAGGUAAUUAUGGUAUGAAAGAUCAAGUCUUAGCAUUGAAAUGGGUCAAAAAUAAUAUUGACAAAUUUGGUGGGGAUCCCAAAAAAGUAACAUUGUUUGGUCGAAGCGCUGGUGUUGGAUUACAUAUUUUGUCACCUAUGAGCAAAGGAUUGUUUCAUAAAGCAAUUAUGGCUAGUGGAACGCCAUUAAACUUAUGGGGUGUAUCUCCACCUGGCUGGGCUAGACGAAGAGCUUCUGCCAUAUCAACUUUUUCUGGAUGUCCCGUGGAGCCAAAAAAAAUGGUUCAGUGUUUAAAACAAGUGCCUGUGAACGUAUUAGUGGAUUUAUACAACAGUAUUUUUGAGUGGAGAAAUUAUCCGGUAAUUAAUUUAAUACCUGUGGUUGAAAACUGUGUUGGUCAAAAAGAAUCAUUUUUGUGCAAAUAUCCUCUGCUUGACUUUAAACAAGAAUCCAAAGUUCCAGUACUAAUAGGAAUGAACUCUGGAGAAGGUGGUAUUUUUGCUUCUCGAAUGUAUAACGAGACUAAUCUUGUGUAUACAGAGUUCUUAGAUGAUUUUGAUCAUUAUAUAUCAUCAUUGUUGCAGUAUAGAUAUACGACAAAGUAUUCAGAUAUUUCAGUAAUUGGGGACAAGAUAUUUGAACGAUACUUUCCUGAUGGUACCUUUGAAGAUCCUUUGAAUGCUGUUAAAAUGUUUUCAAGUGGACUGAUUUUACAUGGUGUUUUUAAAAUGGCAAUUGAGCUGUCGUCAUCAGUUUAUUAUUACAUUUACGAUCAUUUGAAUUAUGUAUCUUAUAAUUCGUUUUAUGGACCAUAUCCAUUUCCAAAAAAAUUAGGUGUAACUCACGCCGACGAUACGACAAGUCUAUUCUUAAGAGCAGGAUUGGGAGACUUACAAGGAGAGGACCUACGUGUUUCAAUUCUGAUGGUUAAUAUAUGGACAAAUUUCGCUACUAAAGACAUUCUCACUAUUGACGGCACCGAUAAUGGAGAAAAAUGGCCAACAUUUGAUACCAAUAAAUAUGAAUUUAUUUUAAUAAAUUCAAGUCGCCCUAUAAAAUGUGAGAGACCGUACGUAGAAGAAUACGAAUUUUGGAAUAAUUUGCCACUAUUGUCUGGAUUGAAUUACGAUUAUAAACUGUUUGACGAUACGACUGAUACGACUAUACGAGUACUGUUAGCGAACACACUUAAUAAAAAUGAAAGUAUAGACUAUUCCCCCAGCGUCAGUGCAUGCUGCAUGUCUCUUAUUAUUGCUACUACAACCAGCUACAGCGUACAGAGAUUUGUAAACUUAAUUCAGUUACUUGGUGCAAUAGUGAAUACAGCAAGUACUAUGGAAAAAUGUAUUAUUUUUACAUUAUUUUUCGGGUUUGUAUUUGGCGUGGAAGAAGUGUUACAUAUAGACCAAGGAAAAUUGACUGGUAGUAGCCUGAGGUCAAGAAAUGGACGAGAAUUCAAAGCAUUUCAGGGAAUACCCUAUGCCAAGUCACCUACCGGGGAUCUUAGGUUUAAGGAUCCAGUACCAGCAGAUCCGUGGAUAGGUAUUUUAAAUGCUACUACCGAGCCACAAGUGUGUAUUCAGAAGAACUUGUUUUAUUAUCAACAAGCGGAUAUCCUUGUCGGUGCAGAGGACUGUCUAUAUCUCAAUGUGUACACUCCAAAAAUACCAAAAAAAGGCGAUCGAGAACUGCUUCCAGUCAUGUUUUGGAUUGCCGGUGGAGGUUAUUUUUCGGGUUCGGGAGGUUUAAGUUUAUACGGUCCCCAUUAUUUGUUAGACAAGGAUAUAGUUCUAGUUACCCUUAAUUACAGACUUGGAAUUCUCGGUUUUUUAAGUACUGAAAACGAUGACUUACCCGGUAAUUAUGGUAUGAAAGACCAAGUUUUAGCACUAAAGUGGGUCCAAAAAAAUAUUGGUAAAUUUGGUGGAGACCCAAAAAAAGUUACAUUAUUUGGGCAAAGUGCUGGAAGUGCUUCUGUUGGUUUACAUUUGUUAUCACCAAUGAGCAAAGGGUUGUUCCACAAAGCAAUCAUGGAAAGUGCAUCACCAUUAAACCUUUGGAGUGUAUCACCACCAGGAUGGGCAAAACGAAGGGCUUUAGCUGUAUCAACUAUUGCUGGAUGCUCUCUAGACCCAAAACAAAUGAUUAAAUGUUUAAAAGAAGUACCUGCGAACGUUUUAGUGAACUUAUAUAACAGUUUUUUUGAGUGGAGAAAUUAUCCGAUAAUUAAUUUCAUGCCUGUUGCUGAAAAUUGUAAUAAGAAAAAAGAAUCGUUUUUAUGUAAAUAUCCUUUACUGGACUUUGAACAAAUAUCGAAAGUUCCAGUUUUAAUGGGAAUGAACUCUGGAGAGGGUGGUCUUUUUGCUUCUAGAAUGUAUAACGCAACUGAUCUUGUGUAUACUGAAUUGAAAGAAGAUUUUGAUCAUUACGUAUCGUCAUUUUUAGAGUAUAGGUAUACGACAAAGUAUUCAGAUAUUCCAAUAAUUGGUGACAAGAUAUUUGAAAGAUAUUUCCCAGACGGUACUUUGAAGGAUCCAUUGAAUGCUGUCAAAAUGAUUUCUGGUGGUCUAUUUUUACACGGUAUCUUUAAAAUGGCAAUCAAGUUAUCACGACCGGUGUAUUAUUACUUAUACGAUCAUUUGAACUAUGUAUCGUUUAAUUCGGUAUAUGGACCGUAUCCAUUUCCAAAAAAAUUAGGGGUAACGCACGCUGACGAAGUAACCAGUUUAUUUUAUACAACUGAACGUGGCGACCUACAGGGAGAGGACCUCAGUGUAUCAAAUCUUAUGGUGGACAUAUGGACAAAUUUCGCACGCACCGACGUUAUGACCAUUGACGGUAAAGUAAAUGGAGAAAAAUGGCCUACAUUUGAUAUCGAAAAAUAUGAAUUUGUUUUGAUCAAUACAAGUAUUCCCUUGAUUAAGGAGAAACCAUACGUUGACGAGUAUGAGUUUUGGAAUAGUUUGCCACUUUUAUCUGGAUUGAACGAAGACCAAGGAUCAGUUAAAAAUGAACAUUGAUUACGUAUUUAUUCUCAAAUGAAUAAAUUAAACAUAUAAUUAGGAUAGUUUGGGUACCUUGGUAUUAAAUUAUUUGUUCCUUGGAUGAGGAAUAUGAUGUAGAAAUAAUGUAUUAAUCUAUUAUCAUAUAAACUCAUUGUGAUAGUUUGUAUAGAUUGCUUAUGUCAAAUAAAAGUAUAAAAAAUAAUCUAUGAAUAGGUAACUAAUUUAUUGUUUUAAUAAAUUUUUGACUGUGUUGAUAUUA